AUGACCAGCAGCCUAGUGUUGCCCAGCCCCCUGCUGGCCAAAUCCUGCCAGUGCUGGUGAGGCCAGAGAUGCAAACAGUGGCCCAAAAUAACAAAGUAGAGCCGGUAGUCCUGCCAGGGUUGGUACAGCAGCAAGCAAGACUCAAGACAGAGUCAUUUACUAUAAACUACUUUUGAUAAGGUCAAAACCAACACUAGGGACAUAACAUAUUAAAAUGUAGCUUAUUUGGCGAGUUCUUUUUGCUGAGUUGCUCUUCUGAUGUCCUUUCUUGCAGGAUGGCUUUUUUUCCUGAAGAAAAACAAAAACAAAAUAUACCCAUCAUAUGAGGAUGAUGCCCCUGCAGGCAGUAUGCUGCCGGCAUUGGUGAGGCCAGAUAUGUGAACAGUGGCCCAAAAUAAUAAGGCAGAGCCGGGAGUCUUCCCAGAGUUUGGAAAAAAGAACAAAAUUUAUCCAGUGGAGCAGGAUGAAGAGGAGGCCCCUGCUGGCAAUAUCCUGCCAGUGCUGGUGAGGCCAGAGAUGCGAACAGUGGCCCAAAAUAAUAAGGCAGAGCCGGGAGUCUUCCCAGAGUUUGAAAAAAAGAACAAAAUUUAUCCAGUGAAGUGGGAUGAAGAAGAGGCCCCUGCUGGGAAUAUGCUACCAGUAUUUUUGAGGCCAGAGAUGUGAACAGUGGCCCGAAAUAACAAAGUAGAUCCCGUAGUCCUGCCAGGGUUGGUGCAGCAGCAGGCAAGACUCGAGGCUGUAUAAUAACAAUUGCAGAGUCGUUUACUAGAAACGACUUCUGAUAAGGUCAAAACCAACACUAUGUAUUAAAUGUAUCUUAUUUGGUGAGUUCUUUUUGCUGAGUUGCUCUUCUGGUGUCCUUUCUUGCAGGAUGGCUUUUUUUCUGAAGAAAAAGAAAAUACCCAAAAUACACCCAUCGUAUGAGGAGGCCCCUGCAGGCAGUAUGCUGCCGGCAUUGGUGAGGCCAGAGAUGCGAACAGUGGCCGGAAAUAAUAAGGCAGAGCCAGUAGUCUUCCCAGAGUUUGAAAAAAAGAAAAAAGAACAAAACUGA